AUUAGUUUGACAACAAAAGGUUUGAAAUAGGACUGCAUGAUUUUCCGAAUUGAUUCCAUUUUUUCCUCCAAAAAUAGGUUUAUUCGUGUUAUUUGCACUUUUCGCAUUUUUCGCAUUUAGAACGAGGACGGAAGCAUAUUUUGAUGCUUGAAAGAAGCAAGAGCGAGACAACUAACUCUUUCAAGCGCCCGAAUAUGUUUCUUUUUAAAAGUGGAAAGUGCGAAAUAGGUAUACAAACAUCACGAACAACCCUUUCCUUCAAAUUUGUUCAGGAAAGAAUCGGAUUGAUUUAGAAUCGUGCAACCUUAGUUUGAAACACUUUCUUGUAUUUACUACGUAUGUAAUGCAGAAUUAAUGUAAUUUUUAAAUACAUUGUUUUUAGAUUAAUCAAGAGCUUUGUAAAAAAUCUACAAAGGAGACAAAUGCUUCUAUUAUUGCUGCUUAUGUAACAGCUUCUAAGCAACAGUUUACAUUCCAGUGCUGAUGAUAAAAGUGAAGCAUCCAAUGUUUCUGAUAGCGAAGAAGAUAGGUGUUCGAGUAAUAAUUUAUUAGAAGAAAAACAAAAAGAAUUAGAUAAAUGUUUACAGAAACUAAAACAUGCUGAAAACAGAGCAAGGCAUUGGGAAGAACAAUAUAAUACUUUAAAAGAAUCUGGAAAUUACAACCUUACAGAAAAAACCGGAAAAGAUAUUGUUACUAUCCUGGAAACGAUCAGCAACCGUACAAUUCGUGAUGAUAUUGAUUAUAAUGCACCUAAAGAUAAAAAUGAAAUUAAUAUACGGUUAAAGAACUAACAAUCCAUAUAGGAAAUGAUGUUUGGAUACCUAAAGUGAUUUACGAGGAACUUAUGCGUGAGAGAGAGUUCAGCUCAUUUAUAAGAAAUGCGUGCUAUGCUGUCUGGGGACCCGACAAGCUGGCUGAACGUUCUGUACGUGAACAACGCAAUGUUAAGGAACCGCCAUUAACUUCUGCUAAGAAAGGUGCUGUUUCAUCAUUGUUUUGCCAGUGGAUGAAAGAUAAGAGACAUAUGCCACAGACUUUUAUUGAAGAGCAAAUGAAUAGAACUAAACUGAACAAAUACUUCAAUGGGGCAAUCACAGCAGCUAGAAAAAAAAUUAAUUACAAGAUCAUAAAAACGCCCAAUCCUAAAAUAACAGAGAUAAAAAAUUCUACAACUAAAGUUUCACGAAAUUUGGAAAUGUCUGAAAGCGACAAGUCAAACGAUAGUGAACAUUUCUCUUAGAGUU